AUAAUUCCCUAUAUUGUGAUGCUGGUGCUGAUUCUCUAUUUCGUGAUGGUAAUGGUGGUUCCCUAUAUUGUGAUGGUGGUUCCCUAUAUUGUGAUGGUGGUUCCCUAUAUUGUGAUGGUGGUUCCCUAUAUUGUGAUGGUUGUUCCUUAUAUUGUGAUGGUGGCAGCGGUUCUCUGCUUCGUAAUGGUGGUGGUGAUUCUCUAUUUCUUAAUGGUGGUAAUGGUUCCCUAUAUUGUAAUGGUGGUGGUUCUCUAGUUCGCAAUGGUGAUGAUGGCAAUUCUCUGGUUCGUAGUGGUAGUGGUGGUUCUCUAGUUCGUGGUGGAGGUUCUCUGGUUUGUAAAGGUGGCAAUGGUAAUUCUCUGGUUCGUAAUGGUGGUAAUGGCGAUUCUCUAGUUCGUAAUGAUAGUGGUGGUGAUUCUCUAGUUCGUAAUGGCGAUGAUAGUGAAAAUUCUUUAUUCCCUCCCCUAUAA